CAGUCGAUCAGAGGGGAACUUCACGGGUGUGGCGAACGUGGUAAAUCUCUUCGCAGGGGAAGGAAUGCAGAUCGGCAACUCGGAUUAAAGCGAUAUAUAAAUAUUUUUAGAGCAAAAAUUUGAAAUAUUCACAGAAAAGUGUGGUAUGCAUGUGGUAGCGUAACUGGCAGCAGGAAUCUGUGUGCUCGGUUUUCCACAGCUGGAAUACUUUUUUUUUUCUAACUUCGCGGUCGUUUUUCGCGUGUUUAACCUGCUCUAAUGAAAUACUCUAGGGACCAGCUAAAAGUCAACAAAAAAAGUUACUGAAUCUUUUUUUUUUCCGGGCAACGUUACCCGCGUAAACCCCCCCACAAAUGCGGACAAACUAAAUGACAGACGUGCGUGUUUUUUGGGCAAUUUCGUACGUUAGUUAGAAAACCAAGUUCAUCUCGGAAAUAAUUUCUUUUUUUUUUUUUUAAUGAUUUUGGUCCCUUCUGGCGGAUGAGCGGACUCCGUCACGUUUUUCACCACUCACCGAAAAGGGAACUCGCCUUACUAAACUUCAACCCUUGUUUUUAAGAAAAGGGGGUCAGCCGUUAGUUCUUUUUUUUUCUCCCAGGUGUUUUUUUCCCACUAAACAGCAGACCUGAAGCGCGCACUGGGAACCAUGGGUUGUACUGUGAGUCAGGAAGAUAAGGCAGCGGCCGAGAGGUCCAAGAUGAUAGAUAAAAAUCUGAGAGAAGAUGGAGAGAAGGCGGCAAGAGAAGUGAAACUGCUGCUGCUCGGUGCUGGGGAGUCAGGGAAGAGCACCAUUGUGAAGCAGAUGAAGAUUAUUCAUGAGGAUGGAUACUCAGAAGAUGAGUGUAAGCAGUACAGAGCAGUUGUCUACAGCAACACAAUCCAGUCCAUUAUGGCUAUCAUCAAAGCCAUGGCCAACCUCAAGAUUGAUUAUGAGGAAUCUCCUAGAGCGGAUGAUGCCCGCCAACUUUUCGCACUGUCAGGAACAGCAGAGGAGCAGGGCACCCUGCCAGAGGACCUGGCCAAUGUCAUCCAACGACUGUGGGCUGAUGGUGGCGUCCAGAGCUGCUUCACACGAGCCCGAGAGUACCAGCUAAAUGACUCUGCGGCCUACUACCUUAAUGACCUGGAGAGGAUAGCCAAGCCAGACUACAUCCCCACACAGCAAGAUGUGCUGCGGACUCGAGUCAAGACCACAGGCAUUGUGGAAACACAUUUCACCUUCAAGGACCUGCACUUCAAGAUGUUUGAUGUUGGAGGCCAGCGGUCAGAAAGGAAGAAGUGGAUCCACUGCUUUGAGGGAGUCACAGCCAUCAUCUUCUGUGUAGCCAUGAGCGCUUAUGAUCUGGUCCUGGCUGAGGAUGAGGAGAUGAACCGGAUGCAUGAAAGCAUGAAGCUCUUUGACUCAAUCUGCAAUAACAAGUGGUUCACAGAGACAUCCAUCAUCCUGUUUCUCAACAAGAAGGAUCUGUUUCAGGAGAAGAUUGCUCACAGCCCUCUGACCAUCUGCUUCCCUGAGUACUCUGGCCCCAACAUGUAUGAGGAGGCCCAGGCUUACAUCCAGACCAAAUUCGAGGACCUGAACAAGAAGAAAGACACCAAGGAAAUCUACACCCACUUCACCUGCGCCACUGACACCAAGAACGUGCAGUUUGUGUUCGAUGCUGUCACUGAUGUCAUCAUCAAGAACAACCUGAAGGACUGUGGCCUCUUCUAAAAAAAAAAAAAAAAGAACAG